GUCUAAAUGAGCAUGGAGCAGCCACCCCCCUUGCCCCUCCACCCGUGGCAGCAGCAGCAGCAGCAGCAGCAGCACCACCAAAACGGAAUGGAGAGAAGCAAACGUUACACACGAGAAGCAGUGCAGGAAGCAGUGGCUUCAGCCGAAAAGCAGUGUGCAGCACCCACACGCCGCCGCCAAGUUCAAAAUCAACGCCUGACAAUGACAGCUGCAGCGACGUGGCGGCGCCCACUAGGCCAAGCAGAGACUGAGGCAGAGGCCGUACCAGCUGCAGCACCAGCAGCAGCAGAAGCGAUUCCAAUCAAAACAACAAAAGCAACAAGGAUAGCACCAACAAUUACAACAGCAGCAAGAAGAGGGCGAAGGAGCACAACAAUCAAUGGGCUUGACACGACAGGGCGACGUCGUCAACGAGCAUGCUGCACCCAAUGGACGGAGACGGGAGCGAGAGCGGGUGCGGGAGCGGGAGCGACAGCGGCAGUGGGCAUGAGCAUCAGCCAACAACGGCUGGGAGAGAGAACGAUGCCAACGAUGACGUCGCUGUGGCUGCUGCUGCCAUCGAAUGCGACAUCCUGGCUGCUCUUGGCCCUGCUCUGUCUGCUCGGCUGCCUCUGCCCCUUCACAGAUGCUUUGGAGGAGGACUGUGUUGACUUUCAGGGCAACAAGGUCAACCAUGGCAUGCUGUAUGUGCCCGGGCCCGGCGUUUGCAGCCUGUGUGUCUGCUAUCACUCUGAGCCACUCUGGUGCAAGGCCAUCUACUGUGAUCCGCCCUACUUUUGCAAAAACUUUCGAGUUGGUGAACGUUGCUGCGAGUUCGAGUGCCUCGAUCCGCCUGGCGAGGAUAAGCUGUAUCAGGAGCGCAUGCGGAAACGUGCGGAAAUAUUGGCUGGCAACAGCACCGCCACGAAUGUGCGACUGGCCCCGCUGGCCAUGUCCUCCAUAGUGCUCGGCUUCCUCGGCAACAGCUUCCUCAACUUAUAACUUGAAGACAUAGAGCCAGCGGGCAGUGGCAGUAGCUAAAUCAAUUUUUAAUAACAAACCAACAAAAAAACUCACAAAAGAAUGAAUUUCCAACUCAGAUAGCCCUCAAUUUUUGUUGCUCCUCAAAAAGAAAACCAAAAAAAAAACAAAAAGCAAACAAAACUCGUAGAACUCUCAGACAACUUAUUACAAUGUAAUAGACAAAACCAAACAAGUUAUAGAGUUAUUAUAACAUAUGGUACAUGUGUGUAUGUACUUACGUAUAGGUGUAUCCUUAUAGAGGCAAGGGAAGGUGCCGUGGAGACGUAGGUUUUCAACUCAAUAUCCCCCAGACUUAUAUAGGUACAAUAAUUAUUCAUUUCCGGAUGCACGCCGAGAACCAAGCAACCAAGCAACCUUAACUCCCCCUCUCUCUUUCAUCUCUCCUCGCCCAAUAAGCAAUUGCAGUGUGAUCCGAAUCGAUAGGUAGCAAAAAAACAAAAAAAAACGAAAGCCAGAGCAAAUUUCUAGCAUAUAAAACAUAGACAUUUAUUUACUUAUUUACACAAUGAAACAAAAAGGGAAGAAAGUAUAGGAGAAAGGACAACACCAAGCAACCAGAACAAACUCAUCAAGCGAACGAAUAAGACAGUCUCUAGCAUGUAAGAUUUCAUAGUUAUAAAAGGUAUAUAAAUCGAGGGAUAUGGAUAUGGAUAUGGAUAUGCAUCGAGCAUAUAGCUCAGUGUAUCGGAAACGUUGUUGAUUAGUGUUUAGCCCACAAAAUGGAAAUGGAAAUGGAAAUGGAAAUGAAAGUGGAAAAAGGAAAAGGGAAUCUCUUUUUUUUUUGAAUCCUCACACACACAUAGUCAAAAAACACACAACAAAACACUUGCGCUUAGAAAACGUUUUUUCAUCUCGAAACAAAAUUAGAUAUAUGUACUUAGAUAUAUGUAUGCAUAGAAGAGAUUUAGUGGCAAAAUGUUUUGGUAAGGGUAAAGGAAUAUCGUCGUUGAAAGUCCCCUCAUCUCUAGAUGAAAAUUGUAGUAAAUUACACAUAUCUUGGCAACAUUUUUUCCAAUAUACAACACACAUUUAUAUUAACAAAAAGAAACCAAACAAAAAAAACAAAUGAAAACCAAACGAACACAAACAUGUACCACGUCCGAGAACGGCGAGUGAAUGAAUGAAUCAUUGAAUAUUGCAUUGGUGCUAAUUUUAUCAUAGGCUAAAGAAGACACAAAACCGCAGACAGCAGCACAUAACACGGCACAUCACGUCACAUGUCACACUUGAAUCACAAAUUGAAUCAAAUUCUAAAAUACACUUAUAUCAAGUAGGUAAUAGGAAAGGGAUUAAAGAAUAAAUAGUUAGUAGGUGAAGAAUGUUUAAGAUAACAAAUUGCCCAAGGUAAAGAGCUGUUGAGCGUCCAAUAAUAAAUCGAUACAAAAAUCUACUUACUAUAUGUAUGUAUCUUUUACGCUGCCCCAUCCAAUGCAUUGGUUCGUUUCUUUUUUAUUGUCCUUCGUUCUAAUAAGUAAAUCAAGUGCAUAAUCAGAGCAGGCAAAGGCUUAAUAGAUAAGUACUAAGGGGAGGAGAUUUCGAAUAGUUUUCGUUUCACUCGAGCAAGCUCUCGCUCUCUCUUCAAGCCCUCUCCGUCUCUUUCAAUAAUACAUACAUAUAUACAGAUAUAUUCGUACUACUAUAUGUAUGCAUAGUUAGUGAUUUAAAUUUAGAGAUACUCGUAUAGCAGGACCAGCAAACAACAACAACACCCCUAAUCACUAGCAAAACAAACAACAACAAAUAACUCGAAUCGAAGCGAUAAUCAUAAACCAAUUGGAAAUCGAGCGAGAGAUGCGUAUGUGUAUCUCUGAUCAAAAUCUUUCAGUUCAGUGGAAGGAAAAGCAACAGAUGGGAAAAAAUGCAAAACAAACAAACAAACAAAUAAUGAGGAGUACGGCUGUGACAUUUUGUUUGCUUUCAAAUGCAUAAAACACAACUGUAAAUACAAAUAAAAACUAAAAACUUUAAAUUAAAAGUAAUAAUAAUGAUAAUUGAUACGUACUUAUGAUCGUGAAUGGUCGGGGCAUGUGAGGUGAGGAGGGUGAUGGUAAAGGGUAAAACAAUUUGAAGAGGCUUUCAAAUUAUGAGGCAGAGUAGAACAGAAAGGGAUAGGGAAAGGUAACGACAAAAUAAUUAACUAAUCAACUACUGAAUGUACAAUUCAAUAAUGCCACAACAUCUGACCAAUUAUGCAAGCGUAUAUACUGAAUAUAUAUACACCAUAGCAGACAUUUACAUAUUUACAUAUACAACAACUGAUCCAUACCAGAUAUACAUACAUACAUACAUCAAUCCAAGUAUUUUCUAAGACAAAUGACAAAUUUUAAUUACGAAUAAAAACAACAGAAUUAGGAAUGAGGAACGAAAAUGAAGAAUGAGGAACGAGGAAUGAGGAACGAGAACGACGAGGAGCCGAGCAUAUUUGAAAGGCGCUUAACAAAUUUUAAUAUAGACUCCAAUAAACAAAAAUGCAAAUUGGCUUUAAUUAACAAUUAAACAAUUACGAAACUAAUAAUAAAUAACUAACGAAUCACACCAAUAAUAACUAUAAUAAUAAUAAUAAUAAUAUCUAAUGAGAAUAUCUAGAAGACAUACAAAUUGACUAUUAUGUUUGUUGUGUUUUUAUUAUUAUGUAUUCAUUUUAGAUAGAGAACAGUGUUGUAAAACAACGUAAAGAGAUAGGAAGUUCAAUCCCAAGCCAUUCCCUGGGAAUUUCAUUUCGUUUUUGUUCUUUUUUUGUACAACUAAAGCAGGAUACAGGACUUGGGAGUGAAUUCUGUGAGAUCUGUCCCACACUCUGAAUACCCAAAUCUCUUCGAGUCAGAGAGCGUGAGGAUUACAGACCAAGUGUCUUGGUCCAUUUAGAAGGCAAAUAUCAGUGGGACUAGGCAUCCAGCUCCCCGGGGCUAAUCAUUAUUAUUCAGAUAUAUGUAUGUACUAAUAUAGAACAGGAAAUACUUUCAAUUUCGUAAUCCUUGCCAACAAAAGCAAAAUAAGAACCAAAAC